CCUGUACGCACAAAAGAGUUGACGUAUUUGACGUUAACUAGCACAGGAAGUUCUUUUACUUGACAGCUUUCCUUACUAGAGAUAUUACUAGUAAAUAUGUAAUAUAGCUCAACAUUUUCUGAUUCGACUGUUAUGCGUCAGGCUCGCUGAGGGCAGCGGUGUAGUGUGAGUGAGUGAGAGUGUGUUUGUGGAGCUGGAGGAGAUGUGCUCGCUGGAGAAGGUGCUGGGCGACGCGCGGACGCUGCUGGAGCGGCUGAAGGAGCACGACGCGGCCGCGGAGACUCUCAUCGAGCAGUCGAGCGUCCUCAACCACAAGAUCCACAGCAUGAAGGAGGUCGAAAACACUCUUCCUGACAAGUACAUGGAGGAAAGUACAGAGUAUCAGGAGCUGUCCAGAUACAAACCUCACAUCCUGCUGACCCAGGAGAACACCCAAAUCAAAGACCUCCAGCAGGAGAACAGAGAGCUCUGCCUCUCUCUGGAGGAGCACCAGUACGCUUUAGAGCUGAUCAUGGGCCGAUACCGAAAACAGAUGCUUCAGCUGAUGAUGGAAAAGAAAGAGCUGGAUGCCAAACCUGUGCUUAGCCUUCACCAGGAUCAAGCUAAGGAGGUUCAAAGCCAGUUGGAGCGGAUCUGUGAAAUGGGUCAAGUAAUGCGUCGAGCUGUGCAGGUGGACGACCAGCGCUACUGCUCUGUAAAAGAGCAAUUGGCACAGCUUGAAAUUGAAAACAAGGAGCUCAGGGGUCUGCUGUCCAUCAGCAACAGCUCCGUGAGGCCGCAGAGAGAGGAGACAAACCCUGCAGAGACAGCAGCCCAGAGCCCGAAGAAACGAGAGCCCUAAUAGAGGAAAUCUUACUUUAGAUGGCAGUUUGUAUAUUUGUAUGUCGGGUGACCUGGCGUCAUAGUAUCUGUAUCGGGUUCUCUAGUGUUGAAUUGAACUGUCCUGGCGGGGGUUUAACUUCCUGCUGCCUGAUGAUGCACUUUCUGAUGUUUAUUAUUAGUGAUGGUAGUGUUUUUGUUCAGGAAAGACGUAUCACCUCUUCAGUUUUUUAAUAAUAGAUGCUUAAUAACUUAAAGUAAAUUUGCAUUAUAGAUCAGUUCUGGCUCUAUUUCUGUUUGCAUUUUCCAAAAAAAAAAAAAA